AUGCAAGAUGCCCAUACCGCAGCAGCAGCAAACGAAGUCGCCUCGCAGAAAAUCCGUUAUCAAAGCGACACCUCAAGCAGAGAUGGAAGUACCGAACUAGAUAAUUCGGGCAAUGUCGAAAUCGUCAGGUUCAAGCAACCGUCAGUCGUUGGUAGCGGCGAGGGAUCUCUCUUUGGACUUUACGAGGACACGACCCGGCAAGGACGGCGAACCCAGGAAACUUCUCGCCGUGUCGAUCCCACUAUAUUCAAGCGAUUGAGGGAGUUGGAGGACGAGAACGAGCGCCUACGCGAACGUGAAUCCGCUUGGGAGGUUCCCAAGCCUCCCCCACUUCCCUCAUAUAGGCCUUUGGUUCUUCACAACUUCGUCGAAGAUUCUCGGAUAAGUGGCACUUACCUAGACGACCCGCAAUGGCAGCAAGGUGCACACGGCCCAGAGUUGAGCGCCGGCCGCUCGCUAAGGAAUAUUGAAGAUUACUUGGACAGGCACCCCGAGGUUAUCUACAUUCUGCACAAGGACUACGACAUCAAUAGACGUUUCGAUGAUUCGGAAGUUGUCGACAAAGACGGCGUAUUCCGGACACCGAAGCCCUUCCGCGAGAGCAUCUCUUUGACUUCCGACCUCUUGUUGGAUGCCAUGGAGAUUUUCUUCAAGUCUAUUCCAGAUUUCGACUUCUACUUUCCGCAAUUCCGCGUCGAAGAUGAAAUUGCAGCGCCUUAUCUCCCAUUCUACUAUGCUUUGCCGUAUCUCGAGGUUGCGAUGGCCCCUCUCGAAGAACUCCACCGAAAAUUGGUCAGGAUACUCACCAAUUCUAUCCUCAACAGUCAUGGCGAGGACUACACCAAAGCGAAGAAUCUGUUCGACCGCGGGCGCGUCUCUCAGCGAUAUAUGCAGUACCUAAUCCGCCCAGGGGAUGUGUUAGUGGAGGGAUCUGGACCGAUGAAACAAGCCUUUGUUGCCAAAUCUUGGCUGACCGAGCAUACAAGAGGAAACGGAGGAGUGCGGCGAGAAGAUUACGCUGACGAGCCCUACACAAUGAAAUCGAGGCGCGAGAAGGGUUCCAAGAUUGGAGCUCCGGAGAUCAUGUACUUCGUCUUCUCCUGGUCGGUAAAGGCCUGGCAAUGGUCCUACAACGGUUCCUUUCAUCAGUCUUCUGCUCGAAGGAGCAUCUACAUGAAGGUCACUUUCGAGAACGAUGAAGUUGACAUCAAAGACCUAAAUGUCUUUCCACUAAUGUACGCAGAUCGGAAAAUACGCCAAGAGCUUGAACUUCGAGGCAAGAUGUUCUGGAAGUGUAGGUUCAAACACAUCGUCUCAUAUACUGGUAGUCAGGAUGAUGGUCUGAUCUUUAACGAUGCACGACACAUGAUAGACACCGCGACGUACAACAAGCUUCACAUAGGCAAGUUACAGUCCAUCGAAGCCGCUGUGGACCGCCCAGCAGAUAUUACCCCUGAGAGGAUGGCAGUAAAUGAUCCAAUAGUUGGGAAUGACCUGCUUCUGUUUCCCCCAAAGAUGAUGGGGUAUAACCUCCAUGCAAAGAGAUGGUAUGAACUGUACGUGGACCAGAUGAAGGAUGUGGACUGGAACACACAGGCUUUCAAAACCCUGGUCAUGGCCGAAGACACCAAAGAGCUAAUCCUCGCCCUGGUUGAGAAUCAACUGGAGGCGAAGAAGUCGACCGACCUCAUCUCAGGGAAAGGUUCCGGCCUCAUCGUUCUCCUCCAUGGCGGCCCUGGUACCGGCAAGACCUUCACGGCUGAGAGUGUGGCUGAGAUUGCAAAGAAGCCGCUCUACAGGAUCACUUGCGGUGAGGUCGGAACGGACCCUUUGAUCGUGGAAAAGCGUCUGACGGCAAUCUUGCACCUGGGUAAGAUCUGGGACUGCGUGGUCCUCCUCGACGAAGCCGACGUUUUUCUGGAGGAGCGCGACCUGCGCGACGUCCACCGCAACGCGCUCGUGUCGGUAUUCUUGCACGUGCUAGAAUACUACGAUGGAAUCUUGAUCCUCACCUCGAACCUCGUCGGUGCCUUCGAUGAAGCCUUCAAGUCCCGCAUUCAACUCGUGCUCCAUUACAAAGACCUCAACGAGCCGCAGCGCCGCAAGGUCUGGCGCAAUUUCAUCAACCGACUCAAAGAACUAGGUGAAGCCAUCGACAGCGAGGAUCUCGAGGACCACUUGGCGAUGUUGGGCAAGGAAGAAUUGAACGGCCGCCAGAUCCGCAACGCCAUCACCACGGCGAGGCAGCUGGCCAAGUAUAAAAAGCGGCCGCUGUGUUAUGACCAUCUGAAGCAUGUCAUUACCGUGAGCAGCCAGUUCGAGCAGUAUAUGAAAGACUUGAAGGGAGGACAGACAGACAGAGAGCGGAAAAAGCUGGAUGAAAUUUGA